CGCACCGGCGUCCUCACCAUCCGCGUCGUCGAGGCGCGCAACCUCUCGCUCCCGACGGGCGUCGUCCUCCCGAGUGGCAUCCGCGACGCGGUCGACCAGGCGCACGGUGGGCUCGCUCGAGGAGGGCGCGAGAGCCUGCAGCGCAAGCAGAUGUGGUGGUUGCCCUACGUCGUCCUCGAGUUUGACAAGAACGAGGUCCUCAUCGACGCGCUCGGUGGCGAGCUCAACUCGCCGACCUGGAUGUUCCGCGCCCAUUUCGACGUUUCGCGCAUCUCGGACGUCUCGAUCUCGGCCUACCUGCGCACGUCGCCGCUCGUCCCGGGCCAGAGCCGCAACGACAUGGGCAACGACCUCUUCCUCGGAGGUGUGAAGUUCCUCCCGGCCUUUGACGCCAACAAGCCGACCGACCAGUGGUUCCGUGCGACGAGCGGUGCGGGCGAGUUCCACAUCCAGGUCACCUACAAGCCUGCGACGACGCAGCACCUGUCGAUCAACGACUUUGACCUCCUCAAGGUCAUCGGCAAGGGCUCGUUCGGCAAGGUCAUGCAGGUCCGCAAGAAGGACACGGGUCGCAUCUACGCGCUCAAGACGAUCCGCAAGGCGCACAUCGUCUCGCGCUCAGAGGUGACGCACACGCUCGCCGAGCGCACCGUCCUCGCCCAAGUCAACAACCCGUUCAUCGUGCCGCUCAAGUUCUCGUUCCAGAACGCCGAGAAGCUGUACCUCGUCCUCGCGUUCGUCAACGGCGGCGAGCUGUUCCACCACCUGCAGCGCGAGGGCCGCUUCAACGAGGAGCGCAGCCGGUUCUACGCCGCCGAGCUCCUGUGCGCCCUCGAGCACCUGCACCAGUUCAACGUCAUCUACCGCGACCUUAAGCCGGAGAACAUCCUUAUCGACUACGUGGGCCACAUCGCCUUGUGCGACUUUGGCCUGUGCAAGCUCAACAUGAGCGAGAGCGAGACGACCAACACCUUCUGCGGCACGCCCGAGUACCUGGCGCCGGAACUGCUGCUCGGCCAUGGGUACCAGAAGACGGUCGACUGGUGGACUCUCGGCGUGCUCCUGUACGAGAUGCUCUCGGGCCUGCCGCCCUUCUACUCGGAGAACACGAACGAGAUGUACCAGAAGAUCCUCACCGACCCGUUGCGCUUCGGCGACGAGAUCUCGCCCGACGCGCGCUCGCUCCUCACGGGCCUGCUCACGCGCGACCCGCAGCAGCGCCUCGGCGUCACGGGCGCCGAAUCGAUCCGGACGCACCCUUUCUUUGCCAAGCACAUCGACUUCAAGAAGCUCAUGCAGAAGAAGAUCCAGCCGCCGUUCAAGCCGAGCGUCGAGAGCGCCGCCGACACGAGCAACUUCGACACCGAGUUCACGUCCGAGGCACCACAAGAUUCGGUCGUCGAGGACUCGCACCUGUCCGAGACGGUGCAACAGCAGUUUGUCGGCUUCUCGUGCGUCCUCCUUUCGGCCCUCCUUUGCUCCCCUCGUUCUGCGCUCACGCCCACCGUUGCACCCUUUACAGGUAUGUCCAACCUGCAGGGGCAUUCGGCGAGAGCGUGCGUUAGCGUCAAGGGGGCUCGUAGUCUUUCUCUCAGGGGCCGGUGUUGCAACUAUGGUCAAUCCAGUGUUCGGUUCUCUGUCCGUCGCAGCGCAAGCAGGUUGACUUUGGCAGGGAUCGUGGGCAGAGGAACCUAA